CGGCGCUGUCACACGCCCAUGCGGAGCGCUCGCGCGUACACACACACACACACACACACACACACACCUCAGACAUUCACUGCGUUCAUCUGUUACGCAGGAGCUGUACUGCUCCAGAGCGCACGAGCGCGACUGGGAUUGCUCUGAUCCGUGUGCAUCUUUGGACUGACCUUGUGUGUGUGUGUGUGUGUGUGUGUGUGUGUGAUGCGCUCUCUGAGCUGAUCAGCUCGGCUGCAGCAGUGUAACCGGAGUGGAGACGGAUCCGCGCACCACCAUGAGCACCGCGUUUCAGCAGCAGGCCGUACACGGCGCCCUGGAGCAGCAGCAGCCCAAGCCUCAGAGCGGCCCGAUCCUGUGCCAGAACUGUGGCCAGGCCUGCAAGGGCGAGGUGCUGCGGGUGCAGAACAAACACUUCCACAUCAAGUGCUUCAUCUGCAAAGUGUGUGGCUGUGACCUGGCUCAGGGAGGCUUCUUCGUGCGGCAGGGCGAGUACAUCUGCACUCUGGACUACCAGCGUCUCUACGGCACACGCUGCUUCAGCUGCGAGCAGUUCAUCGAGGGCGAGGUGGUGUCCGCGCUCGGCAAGACUUAUCACCCACGAUGCUUUGUGUGUGCCAUUUGCAAACAGCCAUUUCCUGCAGGCGACCGCGUGACGUUUAACGGGAAAGAGUGCAUCUGUCAGAAAUGCACUCAGCCUCUGCCUGCCAACAGCUCAGCACCCGCUCAGGCUGUCCACAAUUGCUGUGGCUGUGGGAAGGAGUUUAAGAACGAGCAGUCGCUGGUGGCUCUGGACAAGCACUGGCACCUGGGCUGCUUCAAGUGCAAAGUGUGCAACAAAGUGCUCAAUGCUGAGUACAUCAGCAAGGAUGGAAUUCCAUACUGUGAGAUGGACUACCAUGCCAUGUUCGGCAUCCAGUGUGAGAACUGCAAGAAGUACAUCACAGGGAAAGUGCUGGAGGCUGGAGAUAAACAGUACCAUCCGACAUGUGCCAGAUGUGUGCGCUGUGAGCAGAUGUUCGGAGAAGGGGAGGAGAUGUACCUACAAGGUUCUUCCAUCUGGCACCCUGCUUGCAGACAGGCAGCUCGAAUGGAGGAGAAAAGUAAGAAACAGGUGCGGAUACAGCUCAAUGACAGGAUUCUGAAUGUACCUGAGCAGGUGACCAGGACUUCCUCUGAGAGCAUCACCUCAGUUCCCGCCUCCAGUGCGUCUGGAUCUCCAAGCAGAGUUAUCUAUGCAAAGCUGGGCGAUGAGUUCCUGGAUUAUAAAGACCUCGCAGCUCUUCCUAAGAUAAAGGCCAUCUAUAACAUCGACAGGCCCGACAUGCUUUCAUACUCACCUUAUGUCAGCUACCCGUCAGAGGACAGGACCUAUGUAGAGUCCCCGCAGUUCCUCACUCCGACUCCGACAGAGGGAGAUGGGGAAAAAUCACCCCGUCAGAGAAGACCCUCCAGCCCCAGCUCUAACAGUUCAUUGGGCGGUUACGGCCGCUACACCCCGUCCCGCUCACCACAGACCUACAGCAGACAAGAACAAUAUGAGAGCAGUAGGUACACCCCCCAACCUGGGAAUUCCAACUCGUUGCCCGUGUACCCCGGGGGUCGAUAUUCUGGCCAGGGUAGUCCCAGAGACUCUUCUUCACUGCCCUUGUACUACACUAGUGGUGGUAGAAGUACCCCACAAACUCUUUCCCUGAACCCCACCACCCUGAACAUGCUCCAACAGCACAACUACAUCCCAUACUUCAGAGGAAUUGAGACAGAAUUCAAACAAGAAACUAAACCUAGGACAGACCUGCAUCUCAAUUUGCCUCCUUACGGUAGUGAAAGUGGUCGUAGUACCCCGAGCCUCUCCACCUACUCCGAUGGCAAAUCUCCGUCCUCUGCAUACGUGGCUGCACCUAAGCAUUUCCACAUCCCAGAUAAUAAAGCCAAAGAUAAUAUCUAUAGAAAACCCCCUAUCUACAAACAGCAUGCCUCCAGAACCUCCUGGCAAGAUGGAGAUGAUGUAGACAGAAAGACCAGAACUAGCUGGACGCUUCUAAAGAGUCAGAGUGAUGGACAGUCGCCGGACAUUGACCCCAGGACUUCCACACACAGCCUGCCCACGGAUAUGUCUCAGCCCAAUUUCCCCUACAAUAAGUCUGCUUCACUCCCAGGCUACGGGCAUAACGGCAUCUACAAGGCGGCUGAUCUUGGAGAGGAUGACCAUGACUCCAACUGGGGGGCAAUGAGAGAGUACAAGGUGUACCCAUAUGACAUGCUGGCUGUGACACACAGAGUAAGAGUGAAGCUGCCGCGUGAUGUGGACCGCACCAGGCUGGAGAGGCACCUGUCCCCAGACGAGUUCUUCCAGGUGUUCGGGAUGACCAUCGCACAGUUCGACCGCUUGGCUCUGUGGAAGAGAAACGAACUGAAGAAAAAAGCUCGCUUGUUCUAACCACCAUCAACACCACCGACACCACCACUAACACCACCACUACGCCCCCGAGAGAACUGAGAGAGAAGAUAAACGAGGAGGUUCUCCUCAAUCAGUCUACGUAUAUGCAGAAAUAAGUGAAAGAGUGAAAAAAAUAUAUAUAUAUAUAUACAUACAUAUAUGCACUUCCAUUCUGCUGCGCUGCGUACCUGCUGUCAUAACGCUGAAGAAAGGAGGAGUGUGUUAUUUACACCGUCACUUCACAGCCUCAGUGUUAGCCAUGGUAGCUUUCUGUGCGAAUGCCACGUUAUAUCUGUUCUGAUGGGGAAGGAAAACCAUCUACAGUGUGUACGUCUCUCCUGUUCCCUGAUCUCGCUCACCUUUCAGAUAACUGCAAUAAGGAUCUAUAUGUGAGGUAUAUAAGCUGUACGAUUUCGUGUGUGUGUGUGUGUGUGUGUGUGUGUGUGUUUGCUAUGGAAAGCCCUUCAUCUCCAUUUUUAUCCAAUCAUUACAUAUUUUUCUGUUUUUAUCUGUCUUUUCCUCCAUUUUCCUCAGCUGCCUGUCACAAUCAUUACAUAAUUAGCUAAUAGAUAUGAUUUGAGAUGAUAGUGUUUAACCAUUACAAUCUGCAGUCAUAUAUUUACAUAAAUGUACGAAAAAACACAAAUUGGAAAGCAUACGGCCUGUUUUACAGCCUGCCACAUAUUCAAUAAUCCAUAGUUAUUGCUAAUGAUUCAGAAAACACUGAGUGGCGUUUCAGUCCUAUGGUUUAAAUUUUCCGAGUUAGAACUUGUGGCCUUGAAAUGCUGCCUUCACAUGCUAUCAGAAUUAUCGUAAAUAUGAGUUUCCCACUAGGAAGUUGCAAAGACCCCUCAAGCUGUAAUUACGACUGGGAAACUCUGAGAUAAUUUUGAUUCCUGAGUUUCUGAGCUGUGAGGAGUCCUAAACCUUCAGCAUGGCGGAGGAGAGAACAGUUUCUGUACUGACUAUCAGGUUUUGUUCAUUUUUCUAAAAGCAGCUAAUUGUUAGCACUUGCAGUUUUGGUCAUAUUCAUCGUUGUAUAUCAGCAACCAUUCGAUGCAUGGUUCUAUGCAGGCUAGCUAACUGAGUAAUAUGUGUUAUGGUGUCAAAAUAAAAGUAAAAGAAAAAAGUAAUAUGUAUGAAUGAACCUGGCGUCGUCCAUGUUUCAUGUUCUUUCUGUCAUCAAAGCAUGUGAACAUGACGUACUCGUAAUUACCACUUGAGAAUUGGAAAGUAGAAUAAUUCCCAUAGCACAUGAAGGCAGCAUAAUUCUUUCUUCAGUCUAUAAAUCAGACACGCUGUUAGUCAACAGUUUUUGAACAUCCUUUUGGUGUUAAACCUGACUACAAUCCUCUAGAAUUAGAAAAUCUAAGUAAGAACUGACUAUAGGUGAACUGAGAAAUGUUUUCUCUUGUUGACUUCUUGUUUUUAUUUUAUUGGGAGAAAAAAAGGCUGAUCUGGUUCACAAAUUAGGUAUUGUUAGCACACAAGAUAUUCUUUUGCAACGCAUGUGACACUAACACUGUCUAAUAUCAACUGCGAGAUACUUUUGCACUUUUACAGAAACGGCUUUAUUAAAUAAGUGCACUCAACUUUAAUAAAGCGCUAAUUCACAUUAGAGUCUCAUUACGAUCAGUGAAUAGGUCCAUAAAUACUAACGUCUAGGGAUUUUAUGGAACAUUUUUGUUUAAUUUUUCCUCUCUUGUUUAACAGCUAUUAGUGCGUAAACUGUAAUAAAAACAAACAAAAAAAUCUCCAUGGUUUUAAAAAACUUGACAUGCAGUAUAAAUUCAGUUUACUUACUAUCUUUACUUACACAUCUUUUAGUAAAGUUUUGUGUAAAUGAUUUCGUGGGUCAAACUGAACUAAAAUUUUAUGGCAAAAUUCACAAAAGAAUUUUAUUGUUGUACGUUGAUGAACGCCAGUGAACCAUAAAUUACCAAACGCAUUCAUGCUGCGUUCGACUCGAGGUUGUAACUUGUAAUUCCCAACCUCCAACCAGUAACAGCCAAAGGAAACGCCCCCUCAACUACUCGUCAACUCGGAAUAGUCUUCUCAACUGCGAGUUCCUCUCCUGUUUACAGAGUGACAUCAAAUCAACAUGGCCGCUCACAGUAUCAACAGUAAACAAAGCAGCACUUCUUAACUUUAAAUGAGUUACACUGUACUGUGUUAGCUUUAAAUCAAUCAACAUACAGACGUAUUCGCUUGUUAAAUCUAUAACACUGACUGUACAGUUGUGGGGAAGAAAAUAUACAUCACUCAUCACAGUUAGCUGGCUAGCUUGUUGCUAACAAAAGACGAACAUGUAGACGAGGGGAAAAAAAAUCGCUGAGGUCAAAAAUGAUGUCAUUCCAACCUGCGAAUUACAGCUUACGAGGAAAAUCAAAUGCGUCAUCACAGCACAGCUGUUUUAUUAUUAACCACACCCACAAAACUCCAUAAAAGCUCACAGAGAGCUGAAAACCACAAAAUGGCGACAAUUCAAUUCAAUUUUAUUUGUAUAUCACUUUUAACAAUGGACAGAAAAUAAAUACAUUCAAAAUAAAUUAAAACAAAAAAAUUGUAAAUGUGUGAAUUUAUCUGUUUAACAAUGACGAAAGCGCAUGUUGAAAGUGCGGCACACGCUAAAUCUUCCAGUAAUGCAGCUCAGCCAUUGCAGCGCUUCAGCUUCCAUAGACACGCGUAAACACCGCCUUCUUUUAUUAGGUGCCAUUAUGUUCUUCUCAAGCAAUGGCUAGUUGUUUUUUUUCUUAUUUUAUGGAUUUCUUUUUGGAAUUACCUUCUUUCAAAUCAUUAAUAUAAAAUAAAUGUUUCAUUAAAUUGGUAUGUAAUUGAGAUAAAUAAAGUGAUUUAAACUCAACAGCAUAAUCUGUAUCCACAAAAUCUCAUCCACAAUUAGAAGAUUUGAAGCCAAUUAAUUCUCCUUAUACGGACAUUUGCACAAAUUCCAGAGCAAAAUGUAGAAUAUAUAUAGAAUAUGUUUUUCAAAAUAACUGUUUUUUUGUGGCUAAGCAAAUUUGUUUGUAAAUGCACCUACGAACAAUUUACGCAUAAAAUUGCUCGUAUCCAGCGUGAUUAAUGGUCCCAAUGUCUGUAAAGAACUGUAUGUGCCAUGUGUUAUUACAUGCAUACAGUAUAUAACAAGUGGCAUAAAUUCAACAGGAAAUGGCAUUAAAUCAUUAAUUAAUGAAUCAUUAAUUUUUCUGACAGUUUAAUGAUUGUGACAGGUUUAUACUCUGACAUACUGCACACGUUAUCCUGAGUUAGAUAUUUAUCAUGCUAACUGCGGUGUAUUAGACGCUUACUAGCAUGAGUUCAGAUCUAACAAAGCAUUUUCUAACGUAUUCAGCUCUUCACUUUCUUCAUCUUUCUUUUUUUUCCAGUGGCAUCACUCAGAUUAAAAAUGGUGGUUUAUGGAGUUAUAUCAAAAACCUGAUUGAUGAACCAAUAAGUAAAAAAUAUGGCUUUUUUCAUACGUUAUAUUAUUUCAAAUCAGAUAUAUUCUCAAACUUUAUCGGCACACGCUCUAGCCUCUUCGAUCAUGCUCUUCGGAAUAUUUUUGUACUCUAUUUUUGCCGUGAAACUCACUAAACUCAUUAAACUCAUCAGCAUCGCAGAAGGAGACACGCCAAGGUUACCUUCAACUGUAGCUUUAUGCUUAUAUACAUAUACAUAUAUAUAUAUAAAAAACAAUAAGCAUUUGUGAAGCGGUUCAGUGACACAUCACUGCAACCCAAACGCUGCAUCUUUGCGUUCUCUGUUUCUGAAUAAAUGUGUGUACAUACAAUGUAAAAAUAGCUAGAGCAUGAUAUGCUGAUGAAAUGAAAUGAGAUCAUGAUGAGUUCAGACUGUAUCGUACGCAUCCUUUGGUACAUGAUUGGUUGGUUUUGCUUUCAAUUCAUUCAUAAAUCUGAUUUACGAAAAGCCUUAAUCAUGUGGGUGUGAGAUGAGGAAUACACUCUCCAAUCAUUAUUCCAAAAAUUGCAAAAUUGUGUUUUUUGUGUCUAAAUGAAUGUCAAACUGUAGUUCAAAAUAAAUGUAAGAUUCAUUAAAAUGCCUUUGUGGUUAAGGCUCAAGUUCAAAUCCUAUAAGCUCUGAUAAAGACUAUCUUGGCCUUUAUUUUGUGGGGAUUUUUUUUUUUUGCUAUUUUUUUUAAAGGUGCAGUUUGUAAUGUUUUAAAAAAAUGUAUCUAGAUCUGUAAUAUUCAUACGCCUUUAGAGGUAACUUUAGUAAAAAUGUAAUUCACAAUAAUACCUUUUUUAAAUUUAAUUCAUUUUAUUUUUUAAGGCUAGUGGUUUCAUUGUUCUGGCCCUGAAAUUUACUCUAAACAAGUACUGCUCAGCCCUGCCCCCUUUUUUCCUUAAAAGGCAACUUACAUGGCAUUUUGACUUACAACAUUGUUAUUCAACAUAGCUGCCUAUUUUUUUUAAAUAAUAAUAAUAAUAAUAAUAAUAAUAAUAAUAAUAAUAAUAAUGACAACAACAACAACAACAACAAUAAUAAUUUUUCAUUUCUCUGUUUUCAUUUUUCUGUCCCUGAAAUUAGCUCCAAACCAGUACUGCUCAGCCCCGCCCCUUUUUCCUUAAAAGGCAACUCACAUGCCAUGAGUGGUCGGUUAUGUUUUUAUUGCGAGUGCAAUUCACCACACAAGCAGCAGAGGGCUCUGAAUAUUACACACUGCUCCUUUAAAUGAUAAAUAUGAAUUCUUUCUUUAGUAAGACUACCCCGUUAAAUAAAUGUCUGUGGUGGAGAUUUUUGUUGUUCACUAUCAUGAUCCUUACAUUUUAAUAUAUUUUACUGCAAAGCAAUAGAAAAUGUCACGUCACAUUUAUGUAACAUUAUGAGCGAAUACAUCUAAUCAUUUGCAAAAAGUAUGUGUAUGAGUGAAAAAUGAUUUUUUUCUAGGGAUAUCUAGUCCUCCUCACCUGUCCUGUCAUGGCCAAAUGUUUCCACUCACGUUGUAGGGCGUAUAUAUUUUUGUCACUUUUGUGAAUAAAUUUGUGCAGGAAAGGUUCCCUGAUGGACCAUGCUUUGUUGGGUUGCAUGGAAGUUUUGCUUUAUUUGAACAGCUGUUGGAGUUUUUUUUUUGUGUGUGUGUGUGUGUGUGUGUGUGUGUGUGUGUGUGUAUGUGUGUGUGUAUGUAUGUAUGUGAGUCAGAUCUGGCCAGAUAAGUCAAAUACAGAUGUUCAGUCUGCUUGUCUGUCUCUUUACUCUUGAUUAAACAGUGAAAAAGUGAAAAUCAGGACCCACAAGAGCUCGGCUCAUAACUCAUAACUCAUUGGCUCAUAGCUUUGCUGGAGUCAGGGUUUUAUGUUAUUCUGAUUUUCUUUGGUGUUCAUUUUCCUGUCAGCCAUGCAGGAAUGUAAUCAGCAUUUCUUUCUUUCUUUUUCGGACUGUAUGAGUGUAAAAUAUUGGAUCGUAGCUCUAAAUAAACAGUGUCAGUGAAAGCAGAAGAGCCACAUUACUGAUUAUGAUUCAUACUUUUUGGACUGAUUGAGAUUAUCCAGACCAUGUUCAUGUUUUUCAUUUAUAUUUCCUCCUUUUUGUUUAUAAACAUGUCUUUGUGUUGUUAUACACAGCGAAUGUAACAUGAAAGCUCCAGACACUGAGAUGCCAAUCACAAAAUUUGUUUGUGUGUGUGCGUGUGUGUGUUUUUUAAUGAACUAACAAUUGCAUAACCACAGAUACGUCUUUAGGCCAAUGCUGUGAUUUUGAUGUAGUUGUGGCUGUGCAGCAGUUUGAGAAAUAUGAAGGUUUAAUACAAUAUUGUUACUUAAACCUUUAUGUUUUUCCUUUUCUCUUCAUUUGCUUUGCCGGACUGCAAAAAAAAAACUGAUGUUCAUCUUUCAAUAAAUGUGUCAUACAG